UUGCAUUCCGCGCCAUCAGUCAUUCUCUCCCCCAAAAAUCUAAAUAACAAAACCCUAAUUUUAUAACAACCUCCCGUUACCCUACUCUUUUCCUCUCCGUUCCAUCCAAUAAAAACGCCCCCCUUUUUAAUUCUCCCCCAAAAAUUCAUAAUUUCUCAUUAAUAUAAACUUUUUUGUACUUUUAGUUUCGCAAUUUUUUUUACAAAAACAAUCUGUUCAUUAUUUUUUCAUCAAAAAAUAAAAAGAAAGACUUUUGUGCCCUAAUAAACAAUUUUUUUUUGCAAUAUUGUAUUUGUUCUUCGUUUUUUACUGCUGUUAAAUUAUUCUUUUUUUUUUUUUUAACUGUAAAUGAUAAUGUUUUCUAGAUAUUAGCUGAUGAUUGCUUUUGUGUGCUAGGGUUUCAAUUUUUACGCCUCUACCGAUUAAUUUUUGGGACUUAUUAUAUUCUCUGUUGUUUUUCGCAGGAUUAGUGUUUAUCGAUUAUCACCGGUUCAGAUUGAAAAAUGGGAGAAAAGUCUGAUAGUAAAAAGGGGUCUUCCCCAUACGUUGUUCUUGAAAACCGGUCCCUUGAUCAGUGGAAAGUAACCGAGUUGAAAGAGGAACUCAAGAAACGAAAAUUGAUGACAAAGGGGUUGAAAGAAGAACUUGUUAAGAGGUUAGAUGCGGCUGUACGAGCUGAAAUCGAUGAUGCUAAGAAAAAUCUUGAGAACGAUUUAAAUAGCGAGGCUCAACCUGAGGUCCAAUCAGAUGAUGCUGCAGAGAAAACUGCAGAUGUCAUGGACCAGACUUUGGGGGUAAAUGAGGGAUUGGAUGAUAAAAACGAUGGUAAUAAAGAUGUUGAGAUGGAUAUGGUUCAUGAAAAUGACGGUUUGCAGUCAUUAGCUGAAAAAGUGGUUACGGAAGGUGAAGGUGGUGUUGUUACGACUCAAGUGGAAUCUUUUAGCGUAGUUCGAGAGAUUUCAGUAGAAACCACUGUUUUAGUAUCUGAAAAUUUGGGUGGUCAAGAAUCACAGAUGACUGAAAUCAAGAACACGGAUGUGGGUCUGAAUCAAGAGAAUGGGGAGCCAAAGCCUCAACAACAAUCUCCUGAAGAACUGCCUGAGCUUGGCUCAUCAGAUCUCAUUAGUGGCAACCAGGUAGAUGAGGUCAGCCAAGUACAAUCUGAUUCUAUUUCUAUUGAUACUAUCACAAAUAUUGAAAAGAAUGAAAUAAAAGAUAAUGUAAUUGAUGAUGAUGUCAAAUUAGAGAUAGAUGUUAAGCCUGAGACGAUCCUAGAUCGUAACAAUUCAGAAUCGGUCGAAGUUGAUGAGCAACAUGAGGACAAGCCUGCCGUGGAAGAGAAAGAUGCCAAUAUUGUUAACAGCACAGAUAUUCACAACGAGAAAGAUGAUGUAAUUGCUGAUGAUGUCGAGCUGGAUGCUAAGGUUGAGGAGCUGCAGCCAUUAACAGAAUCAACUGGAGUUGAUGAGCCAGUCAAGGAAAAUCUUAAUGCUGAAGAGAAAUAUGUCGACAAUACUGAAAAUGUUGAUAUUUGCAAGAAAAAUGACAGUGGAGAUGUGGGAUCUCCGGAAAAGCUGAAUUUGGAUGGUGAUGAUUCAAUGGAGGAAGAUAUUCUAGAGAGUAAGCAAAUUGAUUCAAAGUUCAGUUCUGAUGAAGUGGGAGACAAAAGUGAGAAAAUUGGAGUAAAAGAAGAUGGUUCUGUGCAUGGUAUGGUGGAGGAUGAAAAUGCUGAUAAGAGCUUUGCUGCAGGUGAAGAUAAAAUGGAGCCUAGUGUGCCUUCCACAAAAAGAAAGCCUUAUGAUCAUGAAGGUUCAGAAAACAGCGAAGUGGUGAAAAGGCAGCGCAGAUGGAAUUCUGAAAGUCUCAAGGUGCCUGAACAAGUAUUACCUAACCAUUCUGCCUCUGCUACACCUAAGGAUGCAUUUCAGACUCUUGCGAAACGCGCCUUUUCAAGAUCCGAGUCUAUAGUUAGUCAUGAUUCGCCCAAGGAACGCAUUGUUCCCCCUACAUCGAAUCCUCCAACUACAUCUCUUCGAAUUGAUCAUUUUCUGCGUCCUUUCACGUUAAAGGCCGUGCAAGAACUUCUUGGCCAAACGGGUACAGUUGUUAGUUUUUGGAUGGAUCAGAUCAAAACUCACUGCUAUGUUACAUAUGCAUCUGUGGAAGAAGCUAUAGAGACACGAAAUGCUGUAUGCAACCUACAAUGGCCUGCGUAUGGUGGACGUCUUCUGAUGGCUGACUUUGUGGAUCCACAAGAGGUUAAGAAUCGGGUUGACCCACCUCCACCUUCUUCGGAACCUCCUAUCACCACUAUACCUCCAGCCACCACCAAGCAGCCACCACAGCCCUCACCCAGACAGAAACAACAGCUCCCUCCCCCACCCACCCUUCCACCGCCGCCACCAUUGUCCAACGCACCACUAGCAAGAGCCCGUGCGCCUCCUACUCCCGAGAAAAUUGACCCUCCAAUUGUUACAUUGGAUGAUCUGUUUAAAAAGACGAGAGCCACUCCUCGUAUCUACUACUUACCGCUUUCUGAUGAACAAGUUGCAGCAAAGCUGAAUGCUCAGGGGAAACCUGUGAAGCAUUAGAUUAGUUCAAUGUAAGAUAAUGGUAGUAGUAUGAUAUAAUCAAGUGUUUGCAGGUCUGCAGGUGAUGCUUUUAGGAAGGAACUGUUCGAGCAAAGGUGGUCCAUGAGGAGCUAGUUCAGUAAUAUGAACAAGUUUUAUCCAGGCCAAAAUGAGUUUGGAUCUGGAUCUCCUUUUUCUGAGACUUUUUGUUUGAGCGGAGCCAAUUAACAUUUUCUCUAUUAAGUUUUUUUUUUUCUUUUUCCCUUUUUUUUGAGCAUUGUCUCACAAAGUCACAAUGUUUACAAUUCGAACUAGAGGUGGUUUCUUUUUAUAUGGACCAAUCUGUAUUACCUUGGACCAAUCAAGUUGGUUUAUUUGCA